AUGAACAGGACGGGUCUCCUCAUUCUCACCAGAGCGUCUGGCUGCCGCUCUACCAUUGUCACGUCUCACGCCCCAAUCAAUCGACACUUCAUCCGAUCCCUUCACACCACCUCACGACGAUUAGCUGGUGCUCCCGAACCUUCCGCCUAUGCCAAACGUAUGCAGAAUCUGAUGAACCAACCUAACCGAAAUCGAUCUUCCAAUCCUACAGUACCCUUACAGCAGCCUUGGCCAUGGCAUGAAGUCCCUUCCUCAUCUGCUGAUACAAUAACGUUGCAACGGACACUAUUCGCCAGACCACCAGAUUUCGCUCCUCCACUUCUACUCUUCGCAGCUGGUGUAUGGGGGUUAUUCGUUUUUGCUUGGUUGCUAUUGCCUGAUCCUCCGAAGAAGGACUAUACAGAUGAAGAGAAGAAGAUAAUUGAGGAGAGUGAGCGGAAGGCUAAAGAAGCCAAUAUGCUGUCACGACUUGGAAUGAGCUUUACAAAUACCAUCUUCACCUCUGCUCAACCACUGAUAUAUGGUCUUGUGACGGUCGGACUAAUAACGAUGAUGGCUUCAUCUACCAGGAUAGUAACUAGGAUAAACAUGUUACAGAUAAAACCUAAAGAUGGAUCUAGUCAACCUGCCAAGACAGUCUUGAGAUUGACGAACGUAGGACAUGAGAUGUUACCUUGGCGAGCUAAAAAGUCGAGGGAAGUGAAAGUGGAAGAUUGUCAGGUCUACAUACCGAAUCUGAACAAUUCGCAUACCAUCCGUUUGAAGGUACUUAAAAAUGGUCAAAUCAAUAAAUGGUCUUUGGACAGAUUCCCAUACAGUUUAGACUACAGAGCCAUACCAGAAACAGCUAAAGUGGACAAAGAGGUCGUUCAGUCGGUCAAUAGAUUACAGCAUGUGUUUGGGUAUUUGAAAGUUGGUCAGUGA